AUGCAACUCGUCGCAUCAACGCCCGAAACUGAUGAGCCCAUGUAUGUGGGAUGUUACAAGGAUACCAACGACCGAGGCUUGCCCGUUUUCCAGGGGAACAUGUAUCCAAUAGAUACGUGCACGGCGGCAUGCAAACUUGGUGGCUAUCAUUUCGCUGCCAUGCAAAACUGGAAGGAAUGCUUUUGCGGAGCUGCAACUGCAGAGUUUGAUAAGCAUGGUCAUGCUCUUGAAAUGGACUGCAAGUCCAGAUGCAAGGACAAGAACGGCUAUUGUGGUGCUGGUCGUCGAAAUUCGGUGUGGACCACCGGCUUUUCAGGUCAAGAGCAGCAAGCCAACUAUGUGGGAUGCUUCAUGGAUGCGAAAAGUCCUCGUGCGCUCACCCCCCAUUGGGCCAGGAAAAAGCAUCGAUGA